AUCAUGCUAAUAACUCCCAUGUAGUACUGAAACUUUUAUCUUUAAUAAAAACGAGUUGGACUGAGAUUGAGGCUUUAGAGGAAGGUGAGCCCAAAGACCCGUUUGAUGGUGCUGAAAAAGGGGCCCAGCCCAUUUGGGGAACAGGUUGCGAAAUUGAACGGUAGCGGGUGUUGCAUGAGCAAGAGAUGAGAUAGAGGAAGAGAGAGCAGCGAAAUGGGUGGUACCAUGAAGUUGUCGUUGUCCCUGCCACUGGCGUCCCUCUGUAAAGCCCCCAACUUUCUGAACCCUCCAACCAGCUUUCUGCAAAAGCACAACGUAAACAGCCUCAGAAGAAGCACCAAAUGGAACCCUUGCAACGGAAAAAGAAGAGGGAUCGUGUGCGGGUUGCCGUUGCCGGUUGAUCCAUGGGCACCCACCAUUGAUUCCCAGAGCAUCGCUUCUCAGCUUUUCGCCUUCUCUUUGUUUCCUUACAUCGGAUUCUUAUACUUCAUUACCAAGUCCAAGACUGCUCCAAACCUCACCCUCUUUGGCUUCUACUUCUUGCUCGCCUUUGUCGGCGCCACAAUACCUGCUGGAAUUUACGCGAAGGUGCAUUAUGGAACUUCUUUGUCCAAUGUCGACUGGUUACAUGGCGGGGCUGAGUCGCUUCUAACUCUCACUAACUUGUUCAUUGUGUUGGGCCUCAGAGAGGGUCUUAGAAAAAUUGAAAAUACACAAGAAGAUGAAACUUCAUCUGCUCCUAAGUCAAGCUCGGAGGAGUAAAAGAAGGAACCCGGGAUGCAGGUUUGAUAUUUGAAGUCAUUUUGUUGUUAAUAUUAUUAUAUCAAUGUGUAAUUAAGUUGUUGAUUGGAAUGGAAUCUUACAAAGGUUUGGCCAGCGAAUCCAAUUUUGAUGUGUAAUUUUUUAUCGUCGUUCUCUUAAGUGCUCUUCAGUAGUGUUCUAAAAACUCUUUUAAUAUUGAUUUAUUUCUGAGAGGACGCAAUAUUGUAACUUAAUUUGGUGGGUUAGUUGUUCUUUGUGGCUACUAUGCUCUUGUACUAAAGAUGGGGCAUUGGGGUUGUACCAAAUAGCAAUACAAAUUUGGAGCACCUAUAAAUUU